CUUCCUUUACUCCCUCCCUCGUCCCUAUGCUCUCUCUUUCGCUCUUACUCUUUAGUCAGUCACAAAGAGCAGUUUCGUGUGUGUUGACUCUGCUGUGUCUCUGUCUCAAAUGUCCGUCCUGCUCUGUGUCCUUCUCCUCUGCACUCAGACCUUUGGUCUAGAGGAGCUAACAGUGAUGUCUGGAAGGGACGCAACUCUUCACUUGGGGUGCAGCGACGGUGAGGUGACACUGAUAGAGUGGACCAGAUCUGACCUGCAGCCACUGAAGUACGUCUUCUUGUACCGCAACGCACGUUCAUACGCAAACUACCAGAAUCCAGGUUAUCGCGGUCGAGUGGAGCUGAGAAAUCCCGAGAUAAAAGACGGGGACGUUUCCAUCACGGUGAAGAACGUCAGCGUCGAUGACGCUGGACUUUACAAGUGUCGAACCAUCGUGAAGGAGAACGGAAACAGCACCGAGUUCAGGAAAGACAUCAACCUGAGAGUCACAGACUCAGGUGAGUCUGAAGGUCAGACCUCUUCAUUAGUCUGGGAUAAAGAAAAUGAGGAUGAAGAAAACAAAGUUGAAGAAAAGUCGGAAGCAGCAAAAUCGGAAGAAGGAAAAUCGGAAGAAGGAAAAUCGGAUGAAAGAAAGUCGGAAGAAGGAAAAUCGGAAAACUCUGUUGCGCUCAUAGCUGGUGUGUCGGUGACUGUGGGAAUCGUUUGUGUUGGGAUUAUUGUCCUCGUGCUCUCAAAGAAGCGUAACGACUCCAAAAAGAGCGUUCCAAGUGAAGCGAAUUAUAAUCUCAUUUAACAAUCGACACAAACAGCGCACAGACAAGAGUUUGUUUCAUGUAUUUUCCACACUUUAACGCACUUUAACACACUGUAUAUGUCAUUGUCAAGCCAAUAAUUGUCAUUUUUGGCCCAUUUUGGGCCCUUUUUGGCCCUCUUUAACGAGCACUUUGACAGGAAAUAACAUGGAUGUGUUUUUUUAAUGACUUAAAAUGUUAUCUUGAUAUCUACAAUAUAAUAUAAUAUAAUAUAAUACAAUAUAAUAUAAUAUAAUAUAAUACAAUAUAUUAUAUAACGACGCACGUUCAUACGCAAACUACCAGAAUGCAUUUCAGUGCAUGAAUGCAUUGCAUUGAUUGUAAUGUGAUUGGAAACAUUAUCUGCUGCCAAUCAUCAUGACAUAUUUACAUGUUUCACUCUUUGCACCUUCAAAAUAAAGUGAUUAAUCGUCUCUUUUUGUUGUUGCCGCUCUGUCAGUAUCUGUUCCUCUGGAGCAUGUGAGCGGAUUAUUGAGUGAUUCCAGCCACUUUACUGAAGACUCAGCAAAUAAAAUCGACACCAUUUUAAGUCCA